AUGCUGGACGCACCGCGGACUCUGGAGGAACUUCAGGCAGUCCUCACUAGCGCCCCAUCCGCGACAGCCCUUCUUGAUGCUCUGAUGGAUGCGGAAGGAGAAAUAUGUCUACAGUCUGAUGACACAGCAUUGUUGCAAUCCUACUAUUCGGCCUACCUAUUUGCGCUACUCUUGCGUGAUGAACUUACUGAAGCGCGGAUGUUAAACCGGAGAAUACCUCGGAGCUUAACCAGCGCGGAUACUGCAUUGGAGACACACUUCCGUGACAGAACGCUGGAAGACCUCAGUCUCGCCUAUGGAGCUCUUCGACCCGAGACUGCUGCUUCAUAUCUAGGCUUCGAUAUUGCACCACCGAGUACAGAUGCAAUGGAAGAUGUGUCGAGCCCGACCACCUCAGAGAUUAUUGAAAUACUAGUACAAAGAGGGUGGGAGUACGAUUCAGCCACCAACCUACUAAAACCGAUCAUCAGCACAUCAGUUGCGGGGGACCCCGAGUUAGACCAAGUCAAGAUUGGACAACUGGCGGCGCUCCUGGGAACUCAUGGUGGCUGA